GCUCUCGCAGUUACGCUCGUCACAUAUCCGCGAUGAAUGCUCGCGUUCUGUUACGUUACUUUUUUUCUCAAUCCAAAAAAAGAGAAGAAAAAGUCUCGUGUCGUUUCGGCCACAAUUCGGCCCCUUUUCCUCCUCCUCGCCUCUCCUCUCCGUCACCUGAUAACGCGAAGGUGUUGCGAUUAAUUGUCGCGGCGACCCGUAAAACUGUACCACGCCGUGCUUUCUGCAUGUUUAUGAGACGGGAAAUAGGGCUCGAGCCUCUCUCUCUCUUCCUCUUGAUUAGCGUGAUCUGUCAAUUGCGAGGUAGGCGUUAAAUACGUGCGUUGCUAUACAGUGCGUGGCUCGCGAUGAAGCAACGCGAGAUGGAGGAGUAGAAAGAUGCCAUGGCUGCCUCGGUUGUAUCACGUAAUGACGAGGAGGAGUUGAAUGGGGAAACAGAGUCAGAGGCCAGUAGUAUAUACCAAGGCUCGGUAAUCUCCACUGUACCUGAUCGCCAUGGAUUCCUGGGCGGUUCGCAAUACAGUCCGGAAAGGAAACAGGCUAUACCACCCGAUGUGAUACUGCGAAGGGAGAGAAAAUGGAUACAGAUGCUGAACAACUGGAGUCUCUUUAUGACCACGAAUUAUCGUAAGGUCCGCGAGAGAUGCCGCAAGGGUAUACCACCUUCCGUGAGACUACGCGCCUGGCUGAACCUGUGCGGCGGUCAGCUCCUGAUGAACGAGAAUCCGAACUUGUACGAGGAGCUGAUUAAAAGACCCGGUGAUCCCAAGUACAUAGAGGACAUCAAGAAGGAUCUCCAUCGUCAGUUCCCGCAUCACGAAAUGUUCGUCGAGAACGCACCUGGGCAGCAGGAACUGUUUCAAGUCCUCAAAGCAUACUCGAUUCUGAACAGCAAAGUGGGUUACUGCCAAGCUCAAGCGCCCAUUGCCGCGUUUUUGCUGAUGCACAUGCCAGCAGUUCAGGCGUUCUGGUGUCUCGUUGCGAUAUGCGACAAGUAUCUCAUCGGCUACUACAGUCAGGGCAUGGAAACAUUGCUGCGCGAUGGAGACAUCCUGUUCGCUCUUCUGAAGAGAGUCUCGCCCGUUGCGUAUAAACAUCUAAAAAAACAAAAAAUGGAACCUAUCUUAUAUAUGACGGAAUGGUUCUUGUGCGUUUACACGCGAACAUUACCGUGGGAAAGUAUCUUGCGCAUAUGGGAUAUGUUCCUUUGCGAGGGCGUGAAAGUGAUCUUUAAAGUAGGCCUAGUACUAUUGAAAGGUAGUCUAGGUCGUUCUUCCCUUACCAAACGUUGUCCAACGACAUACGAAACCCUCCAAGUUCUGAGAAAUCCAUCUCAACAUAUCAUGGAGGAGGAGGCCUUGGUUUAUCAGAUUCAGAGGUUGAAUUUGAGCGAAGAGGAUUUCGAAUACGAGCAUCAGAGGCAAAUAUUGAAAAGAAAGGCGGCGGAGAAGGAAACUGCCAAUCGAACUGACUGAUCAUUAAGUAGUUAGACGAAGAUGUGGGGCGAAAUUAUACAUUUUAACGUGUAGCGUCCCAAGUGCGUGCCUUCCUUUCCGUUCUUCUGAUACUGUACAGAUUUCCGCGAUUUGUAUGUUUCAAAUUCUUUCGUAUUAUAAAAUAUAGAGGGAUAUAGCAAAAAGCGGAUAGGUAUGUACACUCGCAAAAUAGAGAAAGUGGUUUUCCAUAUACUUCGUAUACACGCAUACAUACACAUGUCCACAUUCCUCGAUAACAGUCGGAAUGCAUUAUUUAUCUCUACUUCCUUCAUUAUUAUAGUAUGUGUACUAUAAAAAGAAACGCAACACAUUUGCAGAUUCACGUAGUAUGUAUUUAAUCAUUAAUGUUAUUCUUAGUUGAUUUCUAGUUGAUCAUCUUCAUGGUUAACACUGAUAUUUAUGUACAAAACGUUCAUCACAUUUUUUAAAUAAAAGUAUAUAGUAUAUGA